AUGGGAAAUUGUUUCAAUUAAGAGGAAACCAAUAAUUCCUCAUUAAAAAGAAUAACCAAAAUAGAGAGUAGAAUUAGUUAGUCUUUACAAGAUACAGAGGGAGGGAGAAUUAGUUUAAAAGAGUUUUUGAGCUAAGGAGUGAUUGGGAGGGUUUUAUUUAAUGUAAAUUUAAGGGUUAAUUUGGUAAAGUACUUAAAGUUAAAAUGAAACUCAACCAAAGAGAAUACGCUAUGAAGGUUAUCAAGAAAUAGGACAUCAUAAAAUAUGGACUAGUUGAAAAUACUAUGUUAGAAAAGAAAGUGUUAGAAUAUAGUAACAAUCCAUUUGUGAUCAAAUUAUAGUACUCUUUCUAAACUGAAAACAAACUAUACUUAGUCAUGGAGUAUUAUUAAGAAUUUAAAUAUAAGUUUAGUCAAUGGUGGCUAGUUGUUGAAGAUAAUAAAUAGAUAACCGCACAAGCGAUUAUCAUUGCAUCAAGCACAGUUUUGUACUGCAGAAGUAGUACUGGGUCUUGAAUAUUUGCAUGAUAAACUCAAAGUUAUUUAUAGAGAUUUGAAACCAGAAAACGUUUUAGUCACUGAUGAUGGCCAUCUAAAAUUAACCGAUUUUGGAUUGUCUAAAUAAUACGAAUCCGACAAUACGAAAUUCUUUACCGUACUUAAAUAAAAUCUUAUCGUUAGUUCAGAUCGCUGGUACUCCUGAGUAUCUGGCACCUGAAAUUAUAAGCAAUUCCGGCCAUAAUCACACUGUUGAUUUUUGGUGUUUAGGAAUCUUCAUUUAUGAAAUGCUGACUGGAAGAACGCCCUUUUAAGACCAAGCAAACAACACCAGAAAUGUUGAAAAAUAAAUCAUGGAAGGUGCUAUGGAAUUCCCAGACUAUUUAAAUGAAGAGGCUUAGGACAUUAUAUUAAAAUUGCUAAAGAAAAAUCCAGACUAGAGAUUGGGUAAUUUCAGAUAUUAAGUUAAGGUCACAAAUCCACCUAGGACAUAAAGGAUCAUGCUUUUUUCAGGGAUAUCAAUUGGGAUGACGUGGCUAAUCUUAAAACUAAAUCCCCACUUCUAGGAUUGAAUCCUACACCAAGUCAAAGUACUAUAGAGGUAGCAGCUCCUAAAAAGAUUCUUGAAACCCCUUAGUCUUAAGAAGCACAGACCGAAGAGAACUUUGAAGGCUUUUCUGUUAAUCAUGGAGAAUUUUGA